UCAAAACUCACAGCAAGCAUACUUCCCCAUCCACAUCCACAACCACCUCCUCCACCUUCCUUCCACCUUCCUUCCACCUUCCUUCCACCUUCCUUCCACUCAAUCCCUCUCCCACAACCACACGAUCCAAAAUGUUCUCUACUACCUUCCGCACCACGCGCUACGCCCUCCCCUUCGCAACGCGCGCCUUCAGCGUCACAUCCCGCGCGUCGCUCGCCCGCAUGUCCAUCGUUGGCCGUCUCGGCGUCACCCCCGAAGAAGUCACAACCGCGAACGACAAGAGCCUUGUCCGGUUCGUCGUCGGCAGCAGCUAUGGAAAGGGCGACGAUCGGAAGACGAGUUGGUUUCGGGUUGCGAGUUUUGUGCAGGGUAUGCAGAAGGAGUUUUUGAUGAGCAUACCGAAGGGAUCACUCAUCUAUAUUGACGCCGACGCGCGUAUGGAAUCCUACACCGACAAUGAGGGUAACAAGCGCUCGAAUCUGAGCUUGAUCGCACGAUCGCCAGGCAACUUCGACGUCAUCUCCCGUCCCCGCGUACAAGAAGAAGGUGUCGAAACCAACGAAGAAGGUCUCGUCCAGGAAGCGCAUGCUUAG